AUGGCGAAUAGUUCAGAUAAUAAGCCCGAAGCAAAUGAAACAAUACAUGAAAACGCUGCAACCAAAAAUGACAAGGAAAAUGAUAAAACUGAAAAUAAAACAACAUCAGAGGUAAAUGGAAAAAGUAAAACUCAUACUAUUAAUAAUAAUGUAAAUCAUUUAUCAAGUGAACAUGAAAAAAAAUACGUACAAGAAACUUACAGUUUUACAUUUGACAAAAGCUUAUUUGCAGCACCAAAGUUUCAUCCUUAUUUCAUGAUGAAAAAUUAUACGGUUCAUUAUAUGGACCCUAUUAUUAAAAAGGCAAAAGCUAAAAAACACACAUGUUGUUGUAAUUAG